UCCAUGUCUGAGGGACUGCAGUCCCAGAAACCAGCCCAAUGACUCUAACUGAACAGGAUUUGGGGGGGCAACUUCCCAAGCCCAGUGAGUUGGGCAUUGCCAGUAUGGAAAGCAGUGAUGGGAAAGAAGACACCAUGUUACAGUCCUUGGCUGGGGGAGACCCCUUUGGGCCAGUGGAACCCCCCAAGAAGCCAACAGGGAGGUUGGUUAUGCACAGCAUGGCCAUGUUUGGCCGAGAGUUCUGCUAUGCGGUGGAGGCUGCCUUCGUCACACCCGUACUGCUCAGCGUGGGACUCCCCAGGAGCCUGUACAGCCUUGUAUGGCUCAUAAGCCCCAUCCUUGGAUUUGUGCUUCAGCCUGUAGUUGGCUCAGCCAGUGACCACUGUACUUCUAGUUGGGGCAAAAGGAGACCGUAUAUCCUGGCCCUUGGCAUUAUGAUGUUGGUAGGAAUGGCCUUGUACCUCAAUGGUGAUACGGUGGUCUCAGCUUUGAUUGCUGACAGAGGCACGCAGAAGACUUGGGCGAUUGUCAUCACCAUGCUGGGAGUUGUGCUCUUCGAUUUUGCAGCUGACUUCAUCGACGGCCCCAUCAAGGCAUAUCUGUUUGAUGUCUGCUCUCACCAGGAUAAGGAGAAGGGGCUCCAUUAUCAUGCCCUCCUGACAGGUCUGGGAGGGGCCCUUGGCUACCUCACAGGUGCCAUUGACUGGGGUCAUACUGUCUUGGGAAAAUAUUUGGGAUCAGAAUUCCAGGUGAUGUUCUUUUAUGCAGCUCUGGUGUUCCUGAUCUGUUUGACCGUACAUUUGUGCAGUAUCCCUGAAGCAUCUCUUGCCACCGUCUCGGUAGAAUCCAAACACCUGCUGAAAACAGCAAAACCAUAUCAAUAUGGCUCCAUAGGAACAGUCAAGAAUGGCUAUUUUAAAAAUGGGUAUGAUGAAAUACGGACUUUAUCUCAGCAAGGGAAGCCCAGUGAAAAACGAGACGCUCAGGUUCAGAGGCAAAUGACCAUUAAGACCCUCCUCAAAGCCCUUCUAAGCAUGCCUUCCCAUUAUCGUUGUUUGUGCAUGAGCCAUUUGAUGGGAUGGACGGCUUUCCUUUCCAACAUGCUCUUCUUCACGGACUUCAUGGGACAGAUUGUGUUUGAUGGUGAUCCUUACGCCCCUCAUAACUCCACAGCUUACCUGACUUAUGAAAGGGGCGUCGAGAUGGGGUGCUGGGGGAUGUGUAUCAACGCUAUUUCUUCAUCACUCUACUCCUAUUUGCAGAAAGCCCUUCUACCUUAUAUAGGAUUAAAGGGACUUUAUUUCAUUGGAUAUCUGCUUUUUGGACUAGGCACUGGGUUUAUUGGACUCUUCCCCCAAAUCUAUUCUACUCUGGCUCUGUGUUCCCUCUUUGGCGUAAUGUCCAGCACAUUAUAUACUGUACCAUUCCACCUCAUUGCGGAAUAUCACAGGGAGGAAGAGAAUCAGAGUGAAGCUUCGGAGGGUGGCCGAGGAAAGGGAAUCGACUGUGCUGCCCUCACGUGCAUGGUCCAGCUGGCCCAGAUCAUCGUCGGGGUGGGGCUGGGCUUCCUGGUCAGUGCCGCGGGCAGUGUAGUGGUGGUUGUGAUCUCUGCCUCUGCCAUCGCUUUGUUCGGCUGCUGCUUUGUGGCAUUCUUUGUGCGCUACGUGGAAGAAAGCAAUAAAUAG